AUGCCCAAAGUACUUGUCAUCGGUGCCACAGGCUACCUUGGCCGUCAAAUCUGCGACACCCUUGUCCGCAGCGGCCAACACAGAGUCUAUGGCAUCGCCCGCAGCGAGACCAAAUCAAAGACCCUGGCUGUGUCUGAAAUUAUUCCUGUCCUCUGCCCUGAUCCUAUCGACAAACCGGCUGCUUAUAUGGAUGCUAUACGCGAUUUCAACAUAGACAUAGUUAUUGAUGUCUCUGGUGCUAAUCAGGAUUCCAUUCACUUCCUCGAAGACAUCAAAACUGUUGGCCAAGAGCGUUUAGACAAGGCAAAGUUAGCGGGUCUGACACACAUGCCCAAGCUUGGAUUCAUUUACUGCUCGGGUACUUGGGUCCAUGGAUCAAGCCACAAACCAGUCAACGAUUUGGACAUCGUGGGGUCUAGUGCAUCGAUACAAUCUAUACCGCUUGUCGCAUGGCGAGUGAAACACGAGAAUGCAGUUUUGGCCGCUUCCCAAGUCCUGGAUGUGGCUGUUCUACGCCCAGCUCUCAUCUAUGGCUGUGAAAGUACAAUCUGGACCCCCUUCUUCCUCCCACUUCUCCAAGCGUGUCGCAACGGCUCUCCAGACACACUGCAGAUCGCUCUAAGCGUUAAUUCACGACCUGGAUUGGUACACGUAAGCGACGUGGCCACCGGCUUCAAGCAGGCCGUGGAGAGAUUGUCUCUCAUAAAUGACAGCUCGAUCUAUCCUGUCUUUGAUCUAGUGACUAGCCAAGAGAGUGUGACUGAGAUAUUCUCGAAGUUAUCUUCUUAUUGGGGCUUCAAGGGACAAUGCGAGCUGGUAGGCCCCGGCGACGAUUUAUUUGCUGAAGCGAUGGGAGCUAGUCUGCGAGGCUCGUCUGAUCGCGCGAAGCAAUUACUGGCAUGGGAGCCAUCAAGGCUGACUGGAUUUGUUACCGAUAUGGAUGUUUAUGCUGAUGCCUUUGCUGCUCAACAUUAA